AUGCCUUCCCGCAGAUCGGCAGCCCAAGUCCCCCCCAGCCCUGGUCAAGAUAAACCUGAACCAGUAACUGCUCCUGUACGCACUCGGCGCUCUAUUAUUGCGGGCCCUGACACCCGCCCGCUGUAUGGCCCCCAAGGUGCGGAUACGCAGCCAGCCCUGCGAGAGGAGGCUAAACGUUCGAUAGAGCGUCUGGAGGCCGAAAAUGCCAAAGGCGCAGAAAGCAUCCGUCAGCUGAAUGACGAAAGGAACCAGACCGUUGUCAAGGUGCAGACACUCGAGAUGCAGAUAUCUACUCUGGAACAGCAGCUCGAGGCCGCACAAUCUGCUGGCGCAGCCGGAGAUGACGGACUGAUCACGCUCAUACAUCUCGGCACCAAUGUCAAUGUUUUGAAAACCGACAUCGACAAAGAAGUAGAAGCACGAAGAAACAAACGAUUAGCUGCUGGCAUGCCUGAUUCUGAUGUACUACAAGUGAAUUGGCCGGUCCACAAUGGACAGAUGGGAAUGUUCGAUGCCAAUACGCUUCCGAAUUAUCCACUACCGAGUACCUUUUCGUUGACCAACCAACAAGCGCUGGCACAAGUCAAUCAACAACCCAACCAAUAUUAA